CAAGCCCGAACAGUCCCACCCUCGAUGAAAAAGAUCACACCACUCUUCGGAUUCUCCGACCAAUUGCCGUAAAGGUGUCCCCAGUCGCCCGUUCUGACGAGCGGUUGGAACAUCACGCAUCAUGGUCACGAGUCCUCGCCAAGAGAGGAUUCUCAACGAUCUUCUGAGCAGCACGUCGAGCCACACGUGACUCGGAGACCUUCCUGUGACGGAAGGACAUUCACAGGCCAGUCGUUGAAUAUUCAUGCGAGUUGGAAGUACCGGAUCUUAUGACCCAUCGGAUGUCGCUUUCUGGCUGAUACAUGGCCGACGACGUCGCUUGGAAUCGAAAGCAAGCUGUGGGUCGGCGUCCAGUACCCGAUCGUGAGACCCUCGACCUCUUGUGCCACGCAGUGUAAGUAUCAGGUGAGGCGAGUUGAAGAUGCAUGCGGCUUCUGUGCUUCAGUUCCGGAGGGUCGGAGAACAACGGAGGAAACAGGUCUUUUCCGGUCACUUUCGUUGCACCGCAAAGAUGUCGAUUCUUGUCUGGGAAAAGUCCCAUGGACUCGGAGCCGUGACACGCUUCUGGUCCAUGCUCUCCAUCGCAGGAAAUCUUACUGGAGCCUGGCACGGGUUUCUGUCUAAAUAUACGAAGAAGCAAGCACAAGCCUUGUAUUAUGGUGUGCUUGUACGAGUCUCACUUUUAGAUAAGAUUAUCUGGCGCCUCACGGCGACGAUGAAUCAGCCCCACCUCAUGGUUUCAAUGCGACAUGCAUUCAUAAAAUAGUUCUUUCUCCCUUCCUCGCGCCUCUCCCCAUUUGCAAAGAUGUCAAUCCCCUUCCCCACAAACUUCGCGCCUUUCCUCACCGCCUCUUCGGACCGGAAACUCACAGGCCUGCUGAACAAGCUCGUGCCAUCGAACAUCACCGGAACCUGUACGAAGAUCGUAUCCCUUCUUGCGUUUGGCGAAGAAUCAUUCCCUGAGGAGGCGGUGGCGGCGGCGAGCCACGUGGCCCAUCGGAUUGUCGGCAUGGCCGGUACCCAGCCGAUGCAUUCGUCCCUCUAUGCCCAGGUGUGCUUCGGCGUAGCCGAUUCACUGGAUGCUGGUGGGGAUGCAGAGCGGAGGGGGCACCAGUUCGUGGGGUUUGUGGUGCACCAUCUACACGAGGCGCUGGCGGUCAAAGAAAUUCCCACUCUUUUGUUGUUUGAGAGCAACUUGCAGCAUGUCGGACUCGACGUAUCGAUAUUUGCGGCCGAGGGGACAAGUAAAGACGAUGCGGCUUGCGAUCAUCUUGACAGUACAUGGGUGAAGAUACCUCACGUACAUGAUAGUACCGAAACAAUCCUAGAGCAGCCGAACGUCGCAUGCGGGCCUAGAGAACCACCACCAUCCGUAGUGAGCGCCAAGGAAGUGGUUGACGCGGUGUCCGGCUUGUUGUGUAUCCCGGCUGCCGACACCGAAGAUGCUACAAGCUACACAGCUUGGCUCUCAAACGUCCAAUCCAUCGCCCAGAUCUCCGAGACCCGCCGAGUCGAGACAGAAAUUGCCCGCGCCGCAGAACGUAUGCAUCGCAUCGAUCUUGAGGAACGGCUUGAGGCAGCUCAGAAGCGGGAGAAUGAGAGGGAUGUCAGAAUCCGGCUGGGAAGGGAGAGAGAGGUGGAGCUGGAGGCGGGAAUCAGGCGGCUUGAGUUGAUGGUUGCGGCGUUGAAGAUUGAUCUGGUAGAGGCGGAGGGAAGGACGAGAAGGGCGAGAGACACAGUGAUGGACGAGGUCCUUGCGUUGUUGCAGACUAAGAGGGAUGGUGUGAGGUGCGAGGGCGGCGUAGAGGAUUCGAUAGAUAGUAUGACACCGACAGUGGAGAGGCUACACUUGUAUGCGUAGAAAUGGAGAGCAUGACAGGUCUUCGUUGGCACAUUGCUCGAAGCGCUCAUCUCGUAGUAAACAAGGUGGUUUAGGCGAAGCGAAGUAGGGGUAUGGUGUGAAAGCUCAUCGGACAAGUACCACCCAUAGUAGAACGGAGCGAACGUCCACAAGUGGGGAUGUGCA